AUGACUCACAAAUUGUUGGACCUGAUGCAGAAGACCGGCUACCCGAUUGCUCAGCAAAACGGCCAGAGGAAAUUCGGCCCGCCUCCAAACUGGACUGGCCCUCCACCCCCGAAGGGUUGCGAGGUUUUUGUCGGCAAACUGCCCAGGGAGAUCUUUGAAGAUGAGCUCGUACCUAUAUUCUCAAAAGUGGGCAAAAUAUACGAGAUGAGGCUGAUGAUGGACUUUUCUGGGUCCAAUCGUGGGUACGCCUUCGUGACUUACUGCACGAAGUCCGAAGCAUCUACCGCCGUUAAGCAAUUGAACGGUUACGAAAUAAGAGCCCGGCGUCACAUCGGAGUGGUGAAGUCUGUGGACAAUUGCCGACUUUUCGUCGGCGGCAUUCCGAAGACCAAGACAAAAUCUGAUAUUCUGGACGAACUCUCCAAGCGGGUAUCGGGAAUAGUAGAUGUGAUUCUUUAUAAUAAUUGCUACGACAAGCGGUUGAACAGGGGUUUCGCCUUUGUGGAGUUCACAUGCCACAGAGCGGCGGCUAUGGCGCGAAGAACCUUGAUACCUGGAUGUGUUAAAUUGUGGGAUCAAGAGGUAAUGGUGGAUUGGGCUGAACCAGAACCGGACAUCGAUGAUGAUCAGAUGAAAAGGGUAAAAGUUCUGUACGCUCGUAACUUUCAAAUAAGUACAACACCAGAAACUAUUCAAACCAUAUUUGAGUCUGCCGUAAAUGGUAAAAUCGAACGAGUUAAAAAAAUAUACGAUUACGCGUUCAUCCAUUUCUAUGAAAGGGAGCAUGCGGAACUUGCUAUGGCGAAAUUGCAAAAUGCGGAUAUUGAUGGAAGUGUUAUAGAAAUAAGAUGGGCUAAGCCAGUAGAUAGAGAACUCUACCGAAUACAGAAGCUUAGCAGAGGCAAUGCGAAAUUUAACAAUAGUCUUGACCUUUCACAAACACUCUUGCUCUAUAAACAGCACUUGGACAAGAAGGAAUAUGCUAACUCUCCCAAAGAAGAUGAGGGCAUAGGGUCAGCUUGUGCAGGAGAGUCUUCAUGCUGUUCACCAAUGGAUUCAAAGAUCUCUGGAUACCCAUAUAAUAUGGCACCUGAACAGAAUUAUACAUUUGCUCCAGCUAAGCUAGAUGCAGUGUGCAAAGGGUACGGUUAUGAAAUUCAAAUAAUUAUAUUGGAU